AGUGAGCCGGGGAAGAUGAAUUGUGCAGACUUCUGACUGACCCUGGGUUCACUGAGGUGUGAGCAGGCCAGGCCCAGGUUCCCACCUGAAGGCCCCGGACAGUUUCUUCCGAGGCCUAAAGCGCCUUCUGAGGCAGUUAGGUUGCUAGCAGCACAGAUACCAGGGUCUCUGACUCUGGGGAAACCACAGUGGAAAGAGGUUUUCCCUGAAGAGACCUCCCUGGGAUGCUGCUAGGGAGGGCAUUAUUUCUGGCGGAAGGUGGAGCUGGAAGCCUGGUCAAGGGCUGGCUCUUUGCCAGCUACCCCCAGACCAAGACCUAUUUCCCGCACUUCGACCUGAACCCCGGCUCCGCGCAGCUGCGCGCGCAUGGCUCCAAGGUGGUGGCCGCCGUGGGCGACGCGGUCAAGAGCAUCGAUAACAUCGCGGGCGCCCUGUCCAAGCUGAGCGAGCUGCACGCCUACAUCCUGCGCGUGGACCCGGUCAACUUCAAGCUCCUGUCCCACUGUCUGCUGGUCACGGUGGCCUUGCACUUCCCCGCCGAGUUCACGGCCGAUGCCCACGCCGCUUGGGACAAGUUCCUGUCCGUCGUGUCCAACGUACUGACCGAGAAGUACCGCUGAGCUGUCACCGGACCCCGGAGGCCCGGCUUCGACCUCCCCUCUACCCUUAAAUACUCUCACAGAUCCUCCCGGUACUCCCCAAUAAAUGGAUGAGGAUGGAA